AUGGAUGGCGCACCGCCAUUGCCUUUUUCCAGCACUUCUGCGUCGCCAGCAUCAUCGCCCACAAAAAGUGCAGGUGUUUUCCGCGCGACGACGCAUUCAGCGCCCUCCAAGCUGAUGGAUGGCCAGCUGACUCUGCUUAGGAAGACCAUGCGGGAGAGGAGGGGCUCAAAUCGCCAAGCUGGGCUCAGUCCCUUGCCCCCUUCACCGCCCCGUAGCCCUUCGGCCCUAAACCGUGGCCUCUCUUGUCCACCACAGCCGUUCAAUACGCGUUCUGCCUCGCCAGGCACUGUGGGGGCUUCACCUGAGGCCGCAGGUGAUGUUUCUGCCAAGGGCGCGGAGGAUCUUCGUUCACCCGUUCCAAAACGCAGGCCAGACGUCAUCAAAUCAGCGUCGGCUAGUCCCCGCAGCGCGCGGCGUGGAGGAGGAACCGCUUCUCUGCCCCGUGAACUGCCGAAGUUUGCCUGGCUGUUGGGCUGCAAGGUGCCUGCGCCGGUGCUUCAACGUAUGGCCACCUGGCUGCCGGCACAGACUCUGCCCGCACUGCGAAGGGUGUCUGCGGCGUUCUACCGUGCCACCCAGAUGAGAUUGACAGAGGACCCCAACCUGGCUGCAGCCUUGGCGGCCAACCUGGAAGCCCGACGUUUGAAGAGCAAACGGGUGUGGGUGCUGGUUCGAGCUCGACCCAGUGAGGGAAUCAGUUGCAUUGCUAUUGAUAGAAAUAAAGUGGUCGUCAGCAAUUCCAAUGGCGCCCCAACUUCCUUCUUUUUCGACCAGGCCUUUGACGCGACAGCGACGCAGGAGCAGGUCUGUGGCUAUGUGAGCGAGCAAGUGUUGCCGCACGCCCUCAAUGGUGAGCAUAUUUGCAUUCUCGCUUACGGACAGACCGGCAGUGGAAAGACCUACACCAUGUUUGGCGAUUCAAACCCUCGUGAUGCAAACGCUGUGCAGAACCAGGGCGUCGCCUUUCGUGCCAUGAGCCGACUGGCAGAGAUGCUACAGCUUAGGGCCAAAUCCGAUGGACCUGCGGCGCCCACCGUGGAAUUGAGCUUCCUGGAGGUCUACAACGACAAUCUGUAUGACUUGUUGGAUGGCUCGCGCCAGCUCCCUCGACUACGCUCCUCUGAGAAGCACGUGGUACCACAGGGCCUGACGAGAAGGCGUUGUGAACUCCAGCAGAUGGAGUUGCAGGUGCACAGUUGGCUUCGAGAGGCCUGGGUGGAAGGGCUAAUGGCUGAGGGUGCCGCCACCCGCAUGGUGGGAAAGACGGUCUUCAACCCACGCUCCAGCCGCAGCCAUGCAGUGGUCAUGCUUCACAUUUGCUGGUCUCAAGAGGUCUCCUGCGGCAGCCGCUUGAGACAUUUACCCAGUGGCACUCGAGAGACGCGGGUGUAUCUGGUAGACUUAGCAGGCAGUGAGCGGGCCGGGAUGCAUGCCUUAGCGGCGGAACAGCUGAAGGAAGGAGAGCACAUCAAUCUCAGCCUCUCUGCUUUGGGCCGUGUCGUGGGUGCGCUUGCCAGCGGGAAAUGCGAGCACGUUCCGUACCGGGACUCGGCUUUGACCUGGCUCUUGAAGGACGCCAUUACUGGUAGCAGUGCACGGGUGUGCAUGGUCGCCGCGGUGCAUCCGGCCCAUCCCGUAGAAACUGCCUCCACCUUGCGCUAUGCGCGGCAGUAUUCGGCGCUGCAAAGCACCAGCGGCUCCCAUGCCUCGCAACUGUCCUCCCAGGUCCGCGACUUGCAGCGGCGAGUGGAUGCCUUGCGACAUGCCUUUGAGAAGGCACUGAAUGGCGAUGAACACAGCAUUGCGUGGACGCGAGAGUCCUUGCAGGGUUCAGUGCAUUGUCAGCCAAAGGCCAACGCACGGCAAUGGUUCGACUCGCACCCGACCCUCACUUGGACGCAAGCGCACCAGAGCAAGGCUGCUGUGCGUGGGCAACGCCGGGACCGGAGUGGAAUUGGUUACAUCACAAAGAUCGAGGAGAUUCUCAAUGAAGAAGUUGGCUCCCGUAUUUGUGAGGUGACUUUUGAAGGUCGUCAUGGAAGGCCUCCUGUUGUGCUGUGGUACCCCGAAGUAGCGCUCGAGAUGGUUAAGCCACCUUCAACGCUACUUGAGGCCAUGCAGAAGUUAGACACUGCAGAGGCUGAGCUGUCGAGGCUGCGGGGUGAUCUACAGGCGGUUCGGAAAGACGAGGCCAUGAGACAACAGGAGUGGAUGGCAACUGCUCAGAUCGGGAAGCUUCCAAGGCUUCCAAAAGACCGGGAUCUAAAUUAUCGUCUGCAUUUUUCCCAACCUUCUGGCCGCAACUUCUCUGCCAUGGCCCCAGUGAAGCCAUGCAACUUGGAACUCGCCAGCUCGGUGGAGGAAGCCCUGCGCUGCGAGGGGAGGCAGCAGACAUCGGAAGUGUCGCUACAAAACCGCAGUGAAGUGCCACUUUGGGCGAGGUUGCUUCGGGAGAUGUUCAAGUUGAUGACCAACUCCUUCAUGGGGACCGUGGGAGCCCGAAUGGGUGUGGCCACGAUGAAGGCUGUGCCUUUGGUGUCGUUGCUGGUGGUGCUGCGACGGGCCUGGCGACUGGAUCAGAUCAUGGUCAGAAACCGCAGGUCGCGGCUGUGGAUCUUGACACGCUCCGCCUUUGAAAUGUGGAUGUUCGUGGAGUUCAUCUUCUGGAUUUACUUCAGGUGCAAAAAGUGGAGUCUAGAGAGCCGUCGAGCGUAUCAACCUCGAGUUCUGUGGAAAGCAGCGGGUGAGAGGGAAAGACUCCUGAAAACCUUCCUGACCACAAUUGAGCGCAUCCAUGUGGGUCAGGGCUAUGUGCCUCCACCUCGAGAGCAGAAGGUGAAAGCUCAGACGAAGAAGGCCUGGAGCGGCGUGUUGAGGUUGAGGAGACAAUCAGAGCCUCUGGCCGUGGGGCAGGAAGCUCGACAGAAGCUGAUCUCCAACCCUUCAGUGGAAAACUUUCUUCGACUCUCGGAUGAGCACAGUGCCUUUGGUGAGAUCCGCGCGUCGUCGCUGUCGCCGGAGCACGGCGACGGCGCCCGGCGCCCGCGGCGGAGUCUGGUGUCCAGUGCACCGUCGGUGGAGAAUUUGCUGCGAUCCUGGGAGGUAGCCGAGGAGGCGACACCUCGAACUCCAGCAGAGGUGGACGUGCAAUGCUUGAAGCACCUGGAGUUGUGUUCAUGGUUUUCCAUCUGCACCGCCAGCGGCAAGCGUGACAUUUGCCCGGACGUGCGGCAGAUCCGUCGUGGAAAUAUUGAGCAAUGGGUGCUCUCCUACUUCUUCGAUGGUGCGGAAUCCAACUCUGAACUCACUGACCAAGAGUUCUGCGAGCUCCAGGAGCUGGUGGAUGCUGUGGCUCACUGGGCUCAAGUGCCACUGAACGAUUGCUUGUCCCACUGGGCUGGAAAGAACGAAGGCCUGAAGUGCUUCCGCAUGCGUAACGAUCCAUUCCCUGCCGUGCAUCGGCCGCUGCUGACCUAUGUGAAUACGGCCUUUGUGGCUCCCGCCAUCGGACACCAGGCCUUGAACAUGAUGGGGUUUCGGCCCUUCCGCUCAGGCAGCACUGAGUAUUGGUUUCGACCCGUGGAACACUGGGCACAUUGGAAGAAAGGGUUGAGACCGCGCAUCCUCGAGCCUGCAAAAGCCUUGGUGUUUUGCCACGGCAUUGGCGUUGGACCUUCCAUGUGCCUCACCUUUCUGCAGCUCCUGACCCGAACACUGGGACAGGAGCAUCCAAUCUUCCUGGUGGAUACAGCGGGUAUCUCCAUGAGAUUUUCAGAUGAUGUCCCCGGUGCCAGGGAGGUGGCCGCAAAUAUCGAGAAUAUGUUGCAGGUCUGGGGACUUCAGAAUGCGCACUUCGUGGGGCACUCCUUCGGUGCUUUUGUGGUGGCCUGGGUCCUGCGCUACGCCAAUCACAUCGUGGACAGGACCACCUUGAUCGAUCCCGUGUGCUUUUUGGUCCUGAAGAUCCUGGUCCAAGGCCAUGAGUUGCAACAAGUGCGGCAUGACAAUGUGAUGGAUCCGAUGGAAAUUGCCAUCAAAUACUUCGUUAUGACUGAACUGUUCGUUUGCAACUUCGUCUGCCGCUGCUUCUUCUGGGAAGAAUCAAACUUAGACAUGCAAGACUUGGAAGGUACCAAGAGCCUCAUCGUGUUGGAAUCUGAAGAUCUCAUUGUUCCGACAUAUUCAGUGAGGAGUCUGAUUUUCGCAGAACAGAGUCGGAGGGCCAAAGUCACGAAAAGCAACCCUUCAGAAACAGGCCUUGAACUCCUUUGGAUUGAAGAUCAACCCCAUGCAGGUUUUCUACUCGACAUGGUGGCGAAUCGCGAGGUCUGUGCUCGUUUGCAGCGCUUUCACCAAUCCUAAAAACUGAAAGUCCCGCAGAGACGUAGCGCUUGAAGGUAGGUAGGAUGACAUGUAUUGAAAUGUAAUGAAAUGUGAAGAUUGUUAAGUCAUUCAAAAUGGAGAGACAUGGAGCUGACAAUCAGCCCCAACCCCUCACAAGGGUGUACAUACAGCUUUUGAUCCAACGCCCUUCUAACUCUCGAAGGGUGCUGACUCGUGUCUUGAAGAGACAGUGGCUGCACAACACCUCAGAGCUUUGACAUUCGAAGCCUUCGCAGCUUGGGAAACAGUCGCCGAACAUGGUGAUAUUUAAAGCUUUGCACCUGUCACCGACUGGUUUUAAGGGACACUGGACGUUGCAGAUGUCAGCGUCUUUGCCUCGGCUUUCAACGAUUGUUUGAUAGAUAUAGUCCGAAGUCCGUUUGAAGACCCCAUGACAGUUC